AUGGCCUCCAAGGAGGUUCAGAAUAAUUUCGACGUUGACUAUGCCAUUAGCUUCAGAGUCCCUAACGACGACAAGGAAUCUGGAGUUGCUCAAUUCAAAAAACUCAUUCGAGUCCUUGCCGAGACUGGUUUGACUACCGAAGUACGACGAGGCGAUGAAACAUCCUUACUGGUCUUCGUAAAGGCUGCCGAUGAAAAAGUCUUGGCCGAUGUUGUGUACAGAUCUAGAAUCAGGGAUUGGCUGCAUGGCAUUCGACAGAUUCAACCUAGCAAUGACCCUGCCCAAAUCCUGACUGCGGAGCCAUUGACCAACGCCGAAAGACAUCGUCAAAUCCACCACAUGAUAUGCUGUCCACGUGAAGAAGGCGGAGCUGGUAUAACACCCAAGCAUGGUGAAUGGGAAGCUGUGGAGGCGGUAUUUCCCUUACACGAUCGUGUCAAGAACAAGAAGUGGUUGUCUGAAUUCUCUCGAAAGACCUUUCUAACACCGGACGACCUGGAUGAGAUCAGGAAUACGGUGGGCGAAAAGAUUGGCUACUACUACGCGUUCCUUCAAUCCUAUUUCUCCUUCAUGAUCUUCCCGGCAGUCUUUGGCUUUUCAUGCUGGGUCCUGUUCGGUAACUUCUCAGCAAUCUAUGCGAUUGUCAACGGUCUUUGGUGUGUCGUAUUCGUCGAGUACUGGAAACGUCAAGAGCAGGAACUCGCUAUUCGAUGGAAUGUGAAGAACGUGUCUGCUAUUGAAGAUCGGAGAAAGGAGUUUGUGCCUGAAGAGAUUGCAACAGACUCCGUCACCGGCGAAGAGGUUGCUUUCUUCCCCGCCAAGAAGCGAAUCCAGAGACAACUCCUACAAAUCCCCCUCGCAUUUCUCUGUGUUGUGGCGCUCGGGGCAGUCAUCUGCUCUUCCUAUGCCGUUGAAAUCUUCAUCUCCGAGGUCUACGAUGGUCCCUUGAAAUCGAUCCUUGUCUUCCUGCCUACGAUCAUUCUCACCCUAGCGGUACCUACGAUCAGCACCUUUCUCACACAGUUUGCGGAACGGCUCACCCUCUACGAAAAUUACGAAACUCAAGAGUCACACGACAAAGCCAUGAUCUCGAAAGUCUUUGUCAUCAACUUCAUCACCUCAUACACUGCGAUAUUCUUGACCUCAUUUGUGUACGUUCCAUUCGCGUCGAUCCUGGUCCCUUACCUCGACAUUUUCAGCCUGACCGUCAAGCCAUUCGCCGAGAAUGAGAAGCACCGGGAAACCAUUCCUCCGGGCGCGUUCAGCAUCAAUCCUAACCGUCUAAGGAACCAAAUGAUCUACUUUGCGGUGACCGCACAAGUGGUCAACUUUGCCAUGGAGACUCUGAUGCCGCUUGUCACUCAGAAAGGGACAAAGAAGUACAAAGAAAUGCAAUCAUCUCGAGCCGAGAAGAACGGCGGAGCAACGCCAUCCAUUUCUGCAAACGACCCGCCCGAGGAGAAGGAAUUCCUCGCCCAAGUGCGCGAAGAAGUCGCCCUCCCCGAAUACGAUGUCACAUCUGACCUCCGGGAAAUGUGUAUCCAAUUCGGCUACUUGUCCUUGUUUUCCGUGAUCUGGCCUCUGACUCCAGUCUCCUACUUUAUCAACAACUGGAUCGAAUUACGCGGCGACACAUUCAAGCUCACUGUGGAAUCCCGCCGGCCCAAUCCAUCGCGAGUCGACAGCAUUGGGCCUUGGCUCAACAGUCUCGAGUUCCUUGCUUGGCUCGGCAGCCUAACAUCCGCGGCGCUCGUCUACAUGUUUAGCGGUGGCGACGGGCCCGAUGGGAAGCCACACGCAAUUAAGCUCUGGGCUCUGCUCCUUUGCGUCUUCCUGUCUGAGCACAUCUUCCUUGUUGUCCGACUCCUGGUGCGCUCGGCCAUAAGCAAGCUCGACAGCGCUGCGAUGCGCAAGGACCGAAGCCAGCGCUUCAUGGUCCGCAAGAAGUACCUGGAAGACGCCGGGCUCGCAGAUGCAAUUAAGCCACUGUCUUCACCACCAAAUGGUCCGCUCAAGACCGAGCCAGGUGUGAACAUGUUCGCAGAGAUCACGAAGCAGAGUCUUGAGGAGGACGCUAGGAACGACAGUCUCAAGUCUUCCAGCCCCGCGGAGCGCUUUUGGAAUCGUCAGCGCAGCUGGGUUGAAACGGAGAAGGUUGGCAUCGGUAUGAUUGACGUGAUGGAUCUCAAGGGAAGCAGGGAGGAGAAGAAGAAGCAGUAA